ACGUCUUUCGGAGGGCUGCUGGGUUGUGGUCUGGCAGAUUCUUAAGAAGACAUUGCCUUAAGAAUUUGAAGUGCAUUAACAUACCUAAUAAGAGACUCUUCUGCUUAGAAUGGGCAGCUCUCAGGACCCCUCCAUGGCUGUGGUCUGCACCUCUCCGCUCUCUUUUCCAUCUUCCCCCUCUCCCCGCUGCCGGCGCGGCAUGGCUUCCUUGGCGCUAGAAUAGAUCAUCCCUCUUGGCCUCCUGUUUGUCACCUCUGUGUUUUGCUCCUAGCUGCAGGUAACCUUUGUGAGGUGGCUUCUGUUUGUGGCCUAGGAGUAUUUUUAGCUGUAGGCUUUGCUUGUUGGAGACUGUGGCACACUGAUCCAUUGUUAGAGUGUGGCUUUCAUCUCCUCUAUGGGAGGGACCAGUUAUAACUGAUAGUUGCUUCUUUGCCUUUUCAAACGUCACUCCUUUCCUUGUAUCUUUUUUCCUUCUGGCAAACACUUCCCUCUUUUGGAGCUCAAGCCAGCAUAGCUCUGCAAAGCUCUCUCCAAGCUUCUCACAAGGAGAGCCAUGGAUAAAAGCGAGCUGGUGCAGAAGGCCAAGCUGGCCGAGCAGGCCGAGCGCUACGACGACAUGGCCGCGGCCAUGAAGGCUGUCACCGAGCAGGGGCACGAGCUGUCCAACGAGGAGCGCAACCUCCUCUCCGUCGCCUACAAGAACGUGGUGGGCGCCCGCCGCUCCUCCUGGCGCGUCAUCUCCAGCAUCGAGCAGAAGACGGAGAGGAACGAGAAGAAGCAGCAGAUGGGGAGAGAGUAUCGUGAGAAGAUCGAGGCUGAGCUGCAGGAUAUCUGCAAUGAUGUUCUGGAACUUCUGGACAAAUACCUUAUUGUCAACGCCACACAGCCAGAGAGCAAGGUCUUCUAUCUGAAAAUGAAAGGUGAUUACUACAGAUACCUGUCAGAGGUGGCAUCUGGGGACAAUAAGCAAACAACGGUAGCAAACUCCCAGCAAGCUUACCAGGAGGCAUUUGAAAUUAGCAAGAAGGAGAUGCAGCCAACACACCCCAUCCGACUGGGCUUGGCCCUGAACUUCUCUGUCUUCUACUAUGAGAUACUAAAUUCCCCUGAGAAAGCCUGCAACCUGGCAAAGACGGCAUUCGAUGAAGCGAUAGCAGAGCUGGACACGCUGAAUGAAGAGUCUUACAAAGACAGCACUCUGAUCAUGCAGCUGCUUAGGGACAACCUCACUCUAUGGACGUCGGAAAACCAGGGAGACGAGGGGGACGCCGGGGAGGGAGAGAACUAACGGCUGCCAGGCUUCACUCUGUGUUCAAUGUCACCCUGUAUCCUCCACAUGUAUCCCUUUGUGCGACGAGCAACAAGAAUAGUACAUCGACUUUCUCAACCUCAACGUAGCAACAACUUUUCCUCAGUGGGGUCCAAGGGGUGGGCUGGUGUUUGGUGUAAGCCACGUGGGAAGGUCGCUUAUCCCUAUGGCAUUCCGGACUUUCCCCCACACACACCUCCCCCUGUUCCCAACCUUCUUUUGUUUGUUUUUAUUGGGUGGUUGUUGUUUUUUGAGG